AUGACAUUAGAUAGUAUCGAUAACACUUUAGCAAUUGAGGUUAAAAACCUUACUUACGAGUUCCCAAACAGCAAAAAGAUUGGAUUACAAGAUUUCAAUCUAGCCAUCCCCUGGGGCACUACAAACUUGGUAGUUGGACCGAAUGGUGCAGGGAAAUCAACACUAUUGCGUAUAUUAGCAGGAAAAACAUUGAUCAAAAAAGGUCAUCUCAAACUUGGUGGAUUCGACCCAUUCCAUUUUUCGUCUCAACGUCACGAGCAAUCCAACUCUGACAUCAAUAAUUAUAUAACGUAUUUGGGCACCGAAUGGGCAACUAAUUCUAUCAUCAAAAGAGACAUACCUGUCAACUUAUUACUUGCAUCCAUUGGUGGAGAAACGUAUCAAGAGAGACGUAAUUUGUUGAUUGACAUAUUGGAUAUUGAUCCAAGUUGGUCGAUGUUGAAUAUAAGUGAUGGAGAAAGACGUCGUGUACAGAUUGCCAUGGGGUUGGUGAAGCCUUGGAAAUUAUUACUAUUGGAUGAAGUCACUAUUGAUUUAGAUGUUGUGGUCAGACUGAAGUUGUUAAACUAUUUAAAGCAAGAGUGUCAGGAGAGAAGCUGUACUGUUGUAUAUGCCACACAUAUAUUUGAUGGGUUGGGACAUAAAUGGUGUGAUAGAGUGAUACACAUAGAUGCUGGCCUUAAGUUGAAUGAUGUGCAAAUAAAGGAUAUAGAGUUUGUGAAUGAUAGUAGCAGAGUUGAAGUUGGUGAUGAAAAGAUUAUUGUUGGUAAAGCCGAGUCCUUACAUCCGUUGGCGUUAUUCUGGUUGAACAAGGAUCUAGAAAGAAGAGGAACUAGAGAGGACGAGAAAUCAAAAAUGAGUAAGCGACACAAUGACUACAUCAAUUCCAGAGACGGUAAAUAUUUUGAUGCUGACGAUUCAAAACUUGCACAAUAUUUCAAAAGUACAAGAAGCAGCAAAUAG